GUGUCAGCGCUGGGCUGCGGGGCUGGAGUCGGAGCGGGCAAGAGGGCGGCGCGGACCCGCCGUCAUGAGGUCAGCCUAGGAAGUUGUCCGCUCAGCUCCGUGGCCGCUCGCCUGCGUUCCGGGCUCGGGCUUGCAGGAGCCGAACGAGAUGCUGCUCUCCAUCGGGAUGCUCAUGCUGUCGGCCACACAGGUCUACACCAUCCUGACCGUCCAGCUCUUUGCAGUCCUAAACCUACUGCCUGUAGAAGCGGACAUUUUAGCAUAUAACUUUGAAAAUGCAUCUCAGACAUUUGAAGAUCUUCCUGCAAGAUUUGGUUAUAGACUACCAGCUGAAGGUUUGAAGGGUUUUUUGAUUAACUCCAAGCCCGAGAAUGCCUGUGAACCCAUUGUGCCUCCCCCACUAACAGACAACUCAACGGGUUCUUUCAUCGUGUUGAUUAGAAGGCUUGAUUGCAAUUUUGAUAUAAAGGUCUUAAAUGCACAGAGGGCAGGGUACCGAGCCGCAGUGGUUCACAAUGUGGAUUCGGACGACCUCAUCAGCAUGGGAUCCAACGACAUUGAUGUGUUGAAGAAAAUCGACAUUCCAUCUGUCUUUAUUGGUGAAUCAGCAGCUAAUUCCCUUAAAGAUGAAUUCACUUAUGAAAAAGGGGGCCACAUUGUCUUAGUUCCAGAACUGAGUCUUCCUCUGGAAUACUAUCUAAUCCCUUUCCUCAUUAUAGUGGGCAUCUGUCUCAUUUUGAUAGUCAUUUUCAUGAUAACAAAAUUUGUCCAGGACAGACAUAGAGCUAGAAGGAACAGACUUCGUAAAGAUCAACUCAAGAAACUCCCUGUACAUAAAUUCAAGAAAGGAGAUGAGUACGAUGUGUGUGCCAUUUGUUUGGACGAAUAUGAAGAUGGAGACAAGCUCAGGAUUCUUCCCUGUUCACAUGCUUAUCAUUGCAAGUGUGUAGACCCGUGGCUCACCAAGACCAAAAAGACAUGUCCAGUCUGCAAGCAGAAAGUGGUUCCUUCUCAGGGUGACUCAGAUUCUGACACGGACAGCAGUCAGGAAGAAAACGAGGUGUCAGAACACACCCCCCUCCUCAGACCACUAGCCUCCGUCAGCACCCAGUCAUUCGGGGCUCUGUCAGAGUCCCACUCGCAUCAGAACGCGACCGAGUCCUCAGACUACGAGGAGGACAACGAAGACACCGACAGCAGCGAUGCCGAGAACGACAGCAGCGAGCACAGCGUUGUGGUCCAGCUGCAGCCCAGUGGGGACCAGGAUUACAGCGUAGCCAACACUGUCUGACAUUCAGGCCACUGGCUCUUCUUCCCUUAAAAUGUUUAUUUAGGUAUAUAAUUUGGUUUAUUUUGUUCCCUUUAGAGGUUUCUGUAGAGAUAACUUAUUUUUAGUAUUCUAGUAUAAUCAGGUUACUGAAACAGGCCUUUUGACCCAGUACUUACGUCCAAGAGCGCACCUCAUCUCACUAACUUAACAGGUAGCUGACCGGGGCGUAACUCAGGCAUCUCCGUUAGCUCGCUGGGGAGAAAACAGCCAGGACAUCCUCAAGACAUUAAGCCCUAGACCACAGUGUGCAGUGCCUGUCUUCCACUGGAGGUGGCGCCGUGACACGGAUCAGCAUGAGCGAAGUCCACGCUCAGCCCCUGUUUCCUGGAACUGCUGGGUUAGAACAUGCUUCUUCUGGUAUUUCCUGAAAUUGUCAUUGUUAUUGAGAGGCAAGGAGGUAACUUAGCACUUUUUCCUCUUCUCAGUGCCACACGGAAAAGGAGAUCUUUCUCAUUCCUAUUCCUGAGUGACUUAUCCCUGGCAGGAAAGGUCUAGAACUAAUGUUGACUUCCCGUUGUUUUUGUUGUAAGGUUUUAAUACUACAGUGUUCCUAAGAAUUUGAUUCAGCAGUUAAAAGUAGUGUCUCUGGACCUUUCCUAUUUCAGUAUCCUUUAGGGUUUUGUGUUUUGAUAAAAACCGCUGCAUACAAAUACCAAAUCUCAGCCACUGUUUCCACUCCGAUCAUAUACCUCUUACCCACGAGCACCCUGUGCUGACAAGCGCCGCCACUCUGUCCGGAGGAGGCUGUGCAAGUAUUGGAUCUGAAGAGAAGUGCUUUUGUCAACAGAACUAAUGUACUGAACAAUGUAUUCUGAGAAGUAAUUAUAUAUCACUGGAACUAUGUAGAAAUAUAUAUAUAUAAUCAACAUGCUAAGAAUUUUUAUAUGGCCUUGUAUGAUGGGAGCUUCAAUGUUAAUAAAUGUUUUCCACUUUAA